AUGGUUAGUCAAUUUAAGACUAUUAUGAGUGUACAUGAGUGUCCCAAAAUAAUAGUAUCGGAUAACAUACCAUUUGGUUCACAUGAAUUCAGAAAAUUUUGUAAAGAAUAUAACAUUGAACUUAGAACAUCUAGUCCUAACUAUCCUCAAUCGAAUGGUUUAUUAGAGAGAGCAGUUCAAACAGCUAAACAGUUGUUAAAAAAACCCNAAUCGAAUGGUUUAUUAGAGAGAGCAGUUCAAACAGCUAAACAGUUGUUAAAAAAACCCAUAGGUGAAAGAAAGGAAUCAAAUGAUUUAUUACUAGAGUAUCGAUGUACAACAAUACCACAUAUUGGUGCAGCUCCUUGUGAGUUAUUGAUGAACAGAUUGGUAAGAAUAAACUUCCCAGUAUUAGAUACACAACUAAACUUAUGA